AUGUCAUUUUCAUCCAAACUUCCUGCAUCCUGGAAUGAUAGACCUCCUCCCAGGAAGGUGGAAAUUGACCUAAGUUCCCCUGGUUUAGCGGUGCUUGAAUUGGAAAAACUUUUGUUUACUGGUAAAGCCAUCAUCAGCCAUGCAGAUGAAGUGUGGCCCAGGCUCUACAUUGGUGAUCAGUGCAGUGCACAGAACAGGAACGAUUUAGCUAGGCAUGGAAUUACUCAUAUCUUGAAUGCAGCUCACAGUAAACGUCAUAGGUGUCCUGACUUCUACCAAGAAAUGAUGAUCAUAUAUUUGGGCAUAGAGGCGAAUGACUCCUGUAAUUUUGACAUGAGUGUGAACUUCCAGGCAGCUGCAGACUUUAUCCACACUGCUCUUAGCAGGGGAGGUCAAGUACUGGUGCAUUGUCAUGUAGGAGUUAGCCGUUCUGCCACCCUGGUCCUGGCAUACUUGAUGCUGAAGCAGAGGCUCACCCUCGUGGAGGCUAUAUGUGCUGUGAAAGAGAACAGGGGAGUCAUUCCCAACCGAGGUUUCCUCCGACAACUUAUCUGUCUGGAUAAGCAACUUUUUGGUACACGUAAAUGAAGCCAGAAACACAGGUGCUGCCAUACUGUAGGCUAUCCAAGAAAAAAGGACACAUUGGAACCCACCACUUCAAUGCUGCAAAUGGAAAAUACCAUGUUCUUCGCGUGGGCCUAAUAUACGAAGUAUAAUGUUGACAUGUUUGACAUGAAUGUGGAUUACAGAUACUGUAUACACUGUCUAAUUUUCAUCAGCCCUGCUUGCAUAUAGUAAGGGAAGAGUAGGGGUUCAGGGACAUACUACAUCAUAUUUUGUAUGCUUUCCACUGCUUCUUUCUUUAUCUGCACUGUGCAAUCUCUUGUGUUGUCAUAGUUGGCCAGCAAACAUUACAUGGAAUCAGUAUGACACAGAGGCUAAACACACAGGUCCAAAGUUCAGUUCUUCUUGGUCAUUGGUUUGAU